GACAGUUCUUGGUCUGCUAUUUCACGAAGUGGCGAAGAACAAAUUCUGCUCCGUGUACGUCGCUGUCGUGACAGAUAACAAAAAAUGUUGUGAAUGUGAAAUAUUUCGAUGUUGUAUCAUAUGUGUGAUUAAUACGCAGGAGACCAAUAUACAUAUAUAUAUUUUGUAGAAGACUAACGUAAUAAGAAUUGAGAAACCUUUCAUUACCUACUCUCCAUUCACAAUGUCUGAGUCUUAUGAUUUUUUAUUCAAGUUCCUGGUUAUUGGAAGUGCUGGCACUGGCAAGUCAUGUCUGUUGCAUCAGUUUAUUGAAGGGAAAUUCAAAGCAGAGAGUAACCACACUAUAGGCGUAGAAUUUGGAUCAAAAAUUGUGAAUGUGGGAGGAAAGUCGGUCAAGCUACAGAUUUGGGACACAGCUGGACAAGAAAGGUUCAGAUCUGUCACACGAUCUUAUUACCGCGGUGCUGCAGGAGCCUUGUUAGUGUAUGACUUGACUUCCCGGGACAGUUACAAUGUCCUUGGUAACUGGCUAGGAGAUGCAAGAACAUUAGCUUCACCAAACAUCAUGAUCCUUUGUGUAGGAAACAAAAAAGACUUAGAAGAUGAACGGCAGGUUACUUUUAUGGAGGCCUCGCGUUUUUGUCAAGAAAAUGAACUUAUGUUUAUGGAAGCAAGUGCGCUGACGGGGGAAAAUGUUGAAGAGGCAUUCCUAAAAUGUGCCAAAAGUAUUCUAGCAAAGAUUGAAACAGGUGAGCUUGACCCAGAAAGGAUUGGUUCUGGAAUCCAGUAUGGUGAUGCCACACUACGUCGCCUUAAGCAAACGAACAGCCAGCGUCCGAAGGCAGGUGCUGAGUGCAUGGGUUCUUCUUGUAGGAUUUAAGCUUUAUGAUGCUCAUUGAUGUCUGGUAUGUGUGUGCAUUGUGGUGUUAUCUUAACAUUAUGCUCUUUAGCACUAUGUAUCAUCAUUUGGUUCCCUUUUCAUUUUGGCUCAUACUGAACAGUAAAUUGGUAUGUAUGUACGUAUUUGAUAGCAAGGCCCAUGUCAAGCACUACUUUGUCAUUUAGGGUAAUGGAGGAGUCUUGGUUAUUCACUCCCAAUAAGGUUGCUCUUCAGGCCAGUUUCUUGGUAUUUAGUCUCUCUAGAGUACUGAAUACUGUAUUUCAGUCAAGUUAUGUCAGCUCAUUUUUGGGUGUUGAUGUAAUCUACACCUUUUAUAAAGAUUUAUUAUAAUUUUUAUUAUACAUUGUAUUGUAUUCAUAUCAUGAUUUAGUUAGCAUGCAUGUAUUUUAGAACUGUUGUCAUCCUUGCUUCAAUAUCUUCCAGAAAUAUCUGUUGUACUUUAUCUUGACUCAUUUUAAUGGAAGUUUUGUUCUAGCUUUUUAGUUCUUUCUAUCUGUGUACAGUUUACUGUGUAUGAUUCUCAGAAGCACAUAAGACUUUGGGAUUACUGCUGUAUAAACCUUAUUUCCUGUCUUUCUUACUGGAUGUCAGGACUAAACAUUUGUCUUUGAUGAGGAAAUUAUGGAACAUGGUGCCCAUCAGAUAUAUGUUUUUGAUAAAUUUGCCAAAGAUGCUCAGAACAAAAGCAAGUUGGAUAAGGUAGUCCCUGGUUACUGGUGGUCCAGUUUUAUGAAACUUAUCAUGCGAAGAUGAUAACUGGAUUUUUGGCGCCAAUUUGCACCAAUCCCGGGUUAUCAGUGCCAAUAUCCAGGGGUCGUGACUACUAUUAUCACCGAUUUUUUGGUAUCAGCAAUUUUGUUAUUGUCACGCCAUCAGGAACAGAACCCCUGCCAAUAACCAGGGACUUCAUUAUUUUCCUCUUUUCAUUCCUGAGUAAGUUUGUUUUUAACAGUUCAGUACAGUACAGCUUAUAGUUGCCACUGUUGUCCUCUUGUUUUUGGUAAUACUGUAGAGCAUUAAAUAUGAAAGGAAGUACAGUAUAUUAAUAGGAUAAGACUAGAAAGAUUUCUUUUUUUUAUUUGACAACUGCCAAAGUUAGAUUAGUCUAAACCCAUCUUUACAUUUGUAGUUUGCAGUUGUUGGAUCUUUCUAAUUUAUCUGUGUCUUCCAGAGUAAUGAGAAAUUAAGACCAGUUCAUGCAAUUUUUGGAGCAUUACCCCUGCAGGUUUCAUGUACGUAUUCAUAUUUCUGAUAUUUCUGUUGAAUUAGGGUAUGUUUCAGAUUCAUAGAAUAUUUAUACUAGAACACAAAGAUUGUUUCCUACAGCAUUUGUAAUUAUUCUCUGAAUGUUGUCUUACAUUCACAUAUAUUAGUAGGCCUUCAUUGAGAUUCGUGUUACUUGCUGCAAACAAAGUACUGUACUGUAAGCUCUUUGUUCAUCAUAUAUAAUCAGCACUGUACAACAGCAGUAGUUUUGGUGACUCAUGGCAACACUAGCAAGAAUUGAAGCUUUUGAUCACUAUGAAAGAUAUUUCAUAUCUCUAACCAUUGGGAUAAUGGUCUCUUAAGGGUGAUGUAGUUUUUUCAUAAUGAUAAUUUGUACAUGGAUGUGGAUAAUUAAGUUUUUAGUGUAUAUUUAUUGAGGUGUUUAAUAUUAGCAUUCCUCAUCAAGAAUUAAAAAUGAGGUCAUUAUAAUCAUCUGGCAUUCAAUGGUCAUGGGAAAUGUUAGGUAAUGAGAAAAUUUCUGGUGAAGAGGCAUGAGGUUGGAAUUACAUGUACUACAGUGGUAUAUUGCACAGAAAUCAUAUUUAUCUGAGGUAUUGUUAGUGCAGCUGCUUGUACUGAAACUUAGUGAAUUUGGUAUUAAUGGGAUCACAGAGUGAAGUAAAAGCGUCUUUUUGUAUGAAUGGAAUUUGUUAAUGCAAAUCCCAUUGGAGGAUGUAGCGUGCAAAUGUAUGUCUGCAUGCAGUUUAAGAAUGUAAUUUUAGAAUUUUCAUCUCAUAUCUAUGUUCAACUUUUAUGUUCAAUGAUAUAUCCACCAGACAAAAGUAGAGGUUGAUAUUUUUGUACAUAUACCAGAGAUUCUUGUAAUGAAAGCACACUUCAGGAGAAGUUGUACCCUUUUGUGUCAGUGGAGGUCUUUCUUGCCAACGGAAAUAUGAUAUUUACAUGUUGGAUAUUGGAAGAAGGAUUGCUUGUUACAUUUUGCAGCAUUCAAGGUAUUGUUUUAGGGGGGAUUAAUAGAGUAAUUAGGAAAUAACAGACUUCUAGAGAAAAUCGGUUCCAAAUAAAAAUGCAGUAGCAUCUAACAUAUUUCAUGGAAGACAUUGAUUGAAUUUUGGUAUUGGCAAAUUAGAAUGCCUUUUGUCUGUUAUGGUUCAGCAUAUGUAUUGAUAAAUGAAGAGCCGAAGGUCUGUACGGGGUUUCUACUUAUAGCUAGGAGGAAAGAACAAUCAGAUGAAUUGUUGGGUGAAGAGAUAAUUUUCUUGUAGGGUUAGAUACAGAAUGAAUGAUAGGGUUAGAUACAGAAUGUACUCUUCAUUCAUGGCUGAGGUUUGUCAGUGUCAGUUUUUUAUGCGAACAGUUUCUUCUUCCACACAUCUACAUGGCUAGAGCAAGAAAUGCCAUAAACAGAUUAUAAUAUGGAAUAUGAGGAUGGUACUGUAAUUUAAAACUGUUUAGGAAAAAUGACAUGAAUUUGAGAAAAUAUGAAAAACAAGAAUGAAAAAUUGGAACAAAAAGAAAACACAUUAAUAAAGUGAGUUUUAGAUGAAGUAAAAGGCAAAUGAAAAUAAAUUAUACAAAUAUGAAAUAUGGGAAAACUAAAAAAAAAAUUUUUAAAUGAAAAAUCAUAACUGAUAAACAAAUGUACAAGUUUCUUGGGUCUGGAAACCAAGGUUUGUAAUGUUAGGAUGUCUUUAGUUAGGCAAUUGAUAAUGCAGUUCCUUAUAGUUGCUGUUUACUGUGAUAGACUUACAAGCUAAAAAAUGAAAAGAAUUUACUUAUUAAAGUUAUACAUUUUUUAACAGGUUCUUUUUAGCUCAUCAUAUCUUACUCAUCUCAUAGUUGGAUAUUAUUAUCACAAAAAGUAGUGAAAACCCUGUGUUUUUAUCAAAGAAGUGAAAACAUUUUAUAAAUCAGAAAACUGUAGUUGGCUUUAUGAGACUGAUUCUGUCCAUUUGUUGUCGUACGUACUGUAAUAAAUAAUGAAUGAAAAUUAUAUAUCUUGGGUAUUUGUCCAGCAUGGGUUUGAAGAUGGUUUGGUUGAGAAACCUUUGCUGGGAAGAAUUUGGCUGUGGAUCUUUUAGGGGAAGUUUUUCUCCUCUUAUUUGUGGAUGUAUACUUCACUUCACCUGUACUCAGGUUUUAAGAUUUUUGUGAAUCCUUUGAUGGAAUCGUAAUUGGAAUUGAGAAUUUGGAUGCAUAUUGCCACUUUAAGUUACUUAAUGAUGAUUCAGAUGAUUUUUAUUUUAUUAUCCUGCCAUUAUUGUAGACUCAUGUUGUAGAGCAUGCGUCUGAAGAAGGUUGAUAAGAUGCUCACUGAACAUCAAGAAUGGAAAUCUUUUUCUUGAUGACUUCUUGUCAUUUUGUUUAUCAGUUCCUGUUUCUACACUAGUCUAGGGUAGUUUUUCUAUGGCAGCCCAAGACACCAGUAAGAUAUCUAAUUUUGCCUAUUAAUAUUAUUUUUAUGAUACUUUCCCCUGAAUGUUUCUACUUGGUAAUUUGGUGUCAAAUAUUGAGUAAGGAUAGAUUUAUUGAUAAUUCAUAUCAGUUAUUAUCUUGUUGCUCCUUGUUCAUCCCUAUGUUAGAGUACAGCUCAUUUUAUCCUUUCUUGUAGGCACUACUCUUUAUUUAUUUUAUAACUUUGAAGCCAUUCAACACAAUAUUACUCUUGUCUGAUUGUUGGAGCUGAUGAAUAUAUGAUGCUGGUAUGGAAGUUGGUGAUGAUUGCAGGCUCAGCACCCUCCAAAGGUAACACUGAUAUUGGUUGUAGAUAUUUACUGUUAACUCUAAAGAAUCUUUAUUAUACAUGUAUGAGAUCCGUUGAUGUAAUUCUAGGCAGUGAAUGCCUGCUGUAAGUGUGGUUGCAAUGGUAAUAAUUAUCCCUAGGUGUUACUGACUUUGUAGAGUAGUUUUUAUUAUUUUCCAGAGUAGCUUCAAUCAAAGUUUCUCAUUUCCUAAAAUGUGUUGUAAUUCUUAUAUGUCAUUGUAAUGCUAAAUAUUUAUCUGGCAUGUUACUUUGGUGAGAUUACCCAUAGUUGAAUUGUUGGUUCAUUUUUUAUACCUGUGUUCAUUGUAGACUUAGAUUAAAAUUUUGGUUGUAGGAGGUUGCUGGUUCAGCAUUAUUUAGGGGAUUAUAUUUGUAUUUAAUCUCAACUUAAAACUUAUAUUUUUGCAUGUGGAUUAUCUAUAAGUAUGUUGACUACUGAAAAAUUAUUAUAUCUUUAUUUUACCUUUACCUUAGACCUUUUUUGUGUGUUUGAAUGCUAGGGAAAUCUGAUCCAUGAUCUGGUAAGUCAUUGCAGGGUGAAUGAGAGAGAGAGAGAGAGAGAGAGAGAGAGAGAGAGAGAGAGAGAGAGAAGCGCUGAAAACUUUUCACAAGGAAGGGUCUUAGGAACUGCUCUUUAUGUUAAGUGUUAGAGAAGUAAGGGGGAUGUACAUCAGAGUAGCCGUUGCAGUUACACUGGCUUUUGUUUUAACUGGAGUCCUGCAGUGUGGUUAAGAAAAUGCCCUUAUAGAACCCAAGACCGAAAAAGGGAAGGUGAGAAGAAUGAGGAAGCAAAAUGGUGGAAUGUAAUGCAGAAGGGAGUAAUAGAUUCACCAUGUAAGAGAGUUAAGGAUCUAAAAAAGAAAAAAAGAAUAUUACAGAGAAGGUGAGGUUAUACAUAGAAGGAAAGUCUGAUAAAUGUGGAAGAGGUUGUUCAGCAUAAUUUUGUGUACUUCUCAGAAAAAAAAAGUUAUAACCAGCAUUCCUGAAGGUUUUCUUUGAUUGGUAGGAUUAUGGUUAGUCAGGAUCUGCCCAUCACACUAUUUCUUUAUGUACCCACAUUUGUAAGACUUUUAUUGUUAAUCUUAGUUUUAUUGAUAACUACCGUAUUUGUAUGCCAGUCAUUGAGGAUGUGAUCCCAUUUUUUUGCAUUUGUGUGAUAAGAUCAUGCAAAAACUAAUAUCAUUCUUUUUUCAUACAUUUGAAGGUUAAUUUAUAACAGUGAAUAUUUUUUUCAAGAAACUACUGGCUGCUAAAUGACAUUGUUGAAAUGGCUCAUUCCUAUUUUAUAUUGUUUUUUAUGAUAUACUAUGUUGAUUUUAGUAUCUUCAUCAUCAAUUUUCUCAAUAGAGUUCAGUAAUGUUCAAUGUCAUUGAUCCGGUGCUAUGAGUGAUCCGUACUUUGGAGUCAGCCUUGUGUAUUUUCUCCUUAUGGCAUUCUUGUGACCUCAUUCAGUAGGGCUGCCAAGGAAAAAUGUAAACCUUUUUAUUGCCUCAUAUUUUGAUGUGUCAGACUCAUUUACUAAUUGCUUCGUCUGUGCUAAGGUGUAAAAAGUUUGUGAGCUUGUGCAUCAUGCUUAGAAAAGUAUUUAUGUGAAAUACCAACUAUUGUGUGGCUAAAUUAUUCAAAAAUAACUUACUAUAGCUUAUUUAUAUUGGUGUGUGCCAUUGAUUUAAGUAAUAAAGAAUAGAGGAAUGAAGCUUCUAUUAAGUGAAUGGUUUGUAUCAAGAAGACAAAAUUUCUUUGAAAAAUACUUCCCCCCCCCCCCCCCCCAUUGGGAUACUACUGUAUUUACGAGAGUGUGGAUUCACUGAUGUUCCCUAGCAAAAUGGAUUUAUUCAGCAAGCAGUGUUCUUGGUUGCUCGCAAUAAGUUAUCUGCCUUUAUACCAAUUGUUCAUUCAGAUCCAUACACUAUAUCCAUGACUUAAUUUUUUAAAUGAAUCUUACCUCUCUAUUAUGGUAGUUGUAACUUCUGCAUCAGGUGGAAGGAUGAAAGAGUUUAAAAACUAAAUAUUUACCCAUAAUAGAAUUGUUUAAUUUGAAAUAUGUAUUGUUCCAUCCCUUUUGGGUGAUUCAAGCAUCUGUUGUUGAUCAUUCAGUUUUUUCACUGUCGUCAGCCAGUGAGGAUGUAUUGGAGUGUUUACUUUUGCAGCAUUAGUGAUUAUAUUGUUUUCUGAAUUAUGAGUUUUGCCUUGGUUUUUGUCAAUAUAUAGGAUGUCAUCCCAAGAGGGUAAAGACAAAUUGUUUUGAGUCUGUAAGGUACAAGAGUGUAUAGCCAACUUUACUCUUCAGUUUAUGAUGGUCACAACAUAUGUUAAAUGUAAGAACAAAAAUUGUUCUUUUUACGAUCGCUGUGAUCAGUGUAUUGUCUGGCCAGAUGAAGUAAUGAGUAUGUUUAAAGUAGAAGCAGAUGAGAGAAGCAGAUAAGAAGAGAGAAAGACAGAAAAAGAUUCUUCUAACACUAGGAUAGGCAGUUAGGUUAUAGGUAAGAGUUUCUCUUCCUUUUACGGUCUGUCAGAUAGCAGCUCUUCCUUCUCUCCCUGUUUUCCUUGUAAUGCUUCUUCAUAUUAUUUUGUCUCCUCUCAAACCUUCCCUGUACCAUUCAGGAUAUGAGGUUUGGCAAAUAAGAAGCCACCAAUGUAUUUAGUUUUAGGGCUGCAUUUAAAGUUUAUGGAGGUAACCUCUUGGACACUUGCUACUUUACCAGCCCAGUUGAAUCAUCUUUUUUUGUUUUCCCCCCUUGCGAAAGAGGAAAUGCCAACACUCACCCUCUCUCUUAGCCACUCCUUGUGACAUUCCUACUGUUUGGGGUAUACAGACAAGCGGGAUAUAUCUGGGAGUGGAAACGGUUUGUACCCAUUGUCAGCUUCCUCUGGCCAACCUGGUAUGUGUCAUAUACAGGUUGGUGAUUGGUUGCUGAAAGAUGCAUGCAGCAAAAUCAAGCGAAGUUCGCAUAGGCAUGAGGUAGAUAUGUUGGGUAAUGAUAAGCGCACUCACUUAGUCCCCAGUUAUCGGUGGGGAUUCUGUUCCGACGACUUGAUGAUAAGCGAAAGUCACUGAUAAAGGAGAAUUGGUGAUUUUCGGUGCUUAAUGGUCCGAUAACCAGAUUUUGGCAUCAAUAACCAGUUAAUGGUGCAUCUGUUAGGUAUGUAUCAUUGCAGUACUCUAUUAUCGGUGCCAAUAACUGGAAAUCGGCACAUUUCAGCGAAAAAAUUUUUUGGCGCUAGACAAGCGCCAUAACUGGAUCGCCAAUAACCAUGGCUGCCAAUAACUGGGGAGUGCCUAGUGUUUGCCUGUUUGACAAGCGAAUACCUCUUUGAUUGCUACUAUCUCAGUAGCAGAUUAGACUGGAUCAUCUUCCCCUUCUUUAGGUUUUUGAUGUAGUCUGAUUCGGCUGUUUCAGUUUUACCUUCCAGUGAACUUGGUGGCAGCGCAGGAUAGUGUUGAAUGUAUACUGUACAAGCAACCUCUGUUUUAUGCACAAAUGAUACCUUGGUGCUGAGGUACAAGACAGUGCCAAUCAUUCCUCUUGUAUGGAGCAGGUUUUUUUUUCAAGUUAAGUAUUUUAUAGGGAAGUUGAAAACUCCCUCUUCUCUAGGACCAGCAGUAUUUUAUAGAGGAGUUGAAAACUCCCUCAUCUCUGGGACCAGGAGGUUCUACUACUGCCACCCCUUCUCAGGAUUUUCUUCUGAUGAGCCUAAGAUUUCAAUUGGAUUCUGGUGUUGAAGAAGUGAAGGUAGUGUAAUCAUCUUUUCAGAGACUGAUUAAGGUCUGUGCUAGCAGUCUCUGAAAUACUUUGGUCUGCCAGUCCGUUUCCUUGUCAUUAGUUCGUCACAUGGGAGGUUUAUUUGCGCAUCAGGGAUUGAGCGUAUGAGUCUAAUCAGUCUCCUCAUUCUAGAUUGCUGUCAUCUACAAAGUUGAUCCUUGCUUCCUUUCCUGAACUUGCUUUGAACCUGCACCUUCUGAUUCUACUGGUCUAGUAGCACAGAGGUUUGGCUGCUUUUUAAGACAGGUUUUUUUGUCAUGGGCAUUUCAGACACUUUUAGCAUUAGUACCAAGCUCCACUUAGGCAUCAGCAUUUCCUUGGGCAUUACCUGCCACAUUCUUGGCUUUCAGACGCAUUCUGUAUUAAUGCCAGCAUCUCCACAGGCGUUAACUGGGCAUUAGAGUCAGCUGCCACAUUGUCAGUACUUCAGACACUAUUUGUGUUAGCGCCAGUGUCUCCUGGAGUGUUAACUGGGCACUGGGUCCACCCGCUACAUUGUUGGCACUUCGAAUGAUUUUGGUACUGACACCAGUGGCUCUUCUGGCAUUAACUGGAUGUUAGCCCCAGCUGCCGCAUCAUAGGCGCUUCAGACACUUUUGGUGUUGGUGCCAGUGUCUCCUCAGGCAUUAACUUGGCAUUAGCACCAGCCACCACAUCAUCGGCACUUCAGACACAUUCAGCAUUGGAGUCAGUCUCCUCAAAUGUUAACUGGGCACUAAGCUGCAGCCACCACAUUGUCAAUGCUUCAGAUGUUUUCGGCAUUAGCUCCAGUGUUUAACUAGGGCUUCAACACCAACCACCACAUCAUCAGCCCUUCAGAUGCUUUUUGUGUUAGUGCCAGCUUCUAAUUAACCAUUAACCAGGCAUUAGCUCCAGCCACCACAGCGUUGGUGCUUCAGACACUUUUGAUGUUAGCACCAGCAUCUCCAUGGGCAUUUUCCAGGCGUUAGUCCCAGCUGCCACAUUGUCAGCACUCCAGACUUUUGGAGUCAGCCACCACUUCAUCAACGUGGGAAAGUACUAGCACAGAGUUCCUCUGCUUGGAUAGAACAUGUUCUGACUCCCUGGGGGAAUCUUUACACUUCUUUACAAUGCAAAGGUUGACCGCCUAGAAAAUUUAUAUGCUUUACUCACAUCUUCAGUCUCUGGGUCAGAACCAAUGUUAUUGUGCAACACCCAUUCAUUAUUUGCUGUAGGAUUUGGCUUUGGGCUCAGUCAUGCAGGAGUUGGAGAAGUAGACUCCAGGGAGUUGUUUUGUCACUCACAAGUGUUGAGUUGCCCUUAACCAAAGCAACAGCCUGCAUUUUUAUGUUGGUGCAAAGUGCCAAGAGAAGGAGUGUUAUGGCACUCCCUUCCUUUUCCAGGGUCCCCUAGUGAAUUGACUGUUAGUUUACCUGUCCUGCCUACACUACAGGGAAAAGCUCCAGAUUUUGCUGUGAGAUGUAGGUUUUCUUUUGCAUGGGAUAGUAGAAUUUGCUGCAGAGUUAGCUCUGGCAUCUAUAAUUGUCCGUUUUUGGUAUUGAUGCUUCAGGAGUGAUAGAGACCAGCACUGAAUGCCUCAAAGCAAACCUUUCUUCCUUUGCUGUUUGCCUUAGGUACUCCAUUUACUCUGGAGGUGACAAGUAUGGUUUUAGUAGCAAUUCAUAGGAAGAUUGGAUGCAGUCUGUAAACAUGCUGGAGGCUAAUUUCCUCUGUGCUACUCCCCAAGUUUUUACGGUGCGUCCUCGAAUUAUGGCGGGGGAUCUGUUUCGGUGCUGCGCAAUGAGGUGAUUUCCACCGUAAUUCAGUUUUCGCCAUUAACAGCACUUUAACAGCACUCAUGGCAUCGUAACUCGAAUUAUGGUGUUGCAACAUGAUAUGGCAUCAAGUUAAGCACUGUAAGCACCAUUAACUUUAUGCUUAUUCUUGCCGUUAGCACUGUCAACAGCACUAAAAAAGCGCCAGAUCGAAUCGCCGUAAGUUGGUGGCAACAUAAGUUGAGGACGCACUACAAGAAUCCUCUCCUAGUUGGGCAAGUUGACUCACUUGUUGCUCCUCUUUCUAGACAGCUCUUUGAGUCUAGUGGACAGCCAAGGAGAAGCCUGAGGGCAAAGUUAAUCUUCUAAAUUAGUAAGUCUGUGGGGAAUAUCAAUAAAUAUUCCAGAUAGCUGUCUCUGCUGAGACAAAUGCCUUUUGUAGAGAAAGUGGAACCAGUUUAAGGGUGAGGUCAAUCCAAUUCUUUGCCACAGGAUUCUACUUUUGUCUGACAGUUCAGGAUCCAAAAGCUUUGGCAGUAGACACAUGCUGUUGGACUGGUUUUAUCUAGAUGUUUGUACUUUUCCCCCUUUGACUGAUUCAAAGAGUUAUGACCAAUUCUGACUAACAGAAAAUUCAUGUUGACCAUGGUGACUGCAUGGUUGCCAUGCAGGGAAUGGCAACAAAAUUUCCUAUCUCAGAACCUCCCCAUGCUUCAGCUGGCCGUGUGCAGACCCUUGAUUGUCUCUUGUGAAUGAGAGGUUUUCCCAAGGAGUAUAGAUCAGUAAUUAGUUCCAGAAGGCAAUCGACUAAUACACUGCACAAGAUUCAGUGGUCAGUCUUUAGAGCUUGGUACUUUUGCAAUAGGAUUUCUUGGCCCAUACCUCUAUAAUAACCUAGAGAAGUUCUUUAUUCAUUUACGAUACACUAAAGAUAUGUUUGUUCAUGCUACUGAUGGCUAUUGCUUCACGUUAAUCUCUGUGUUGAGGCAUUCUGGUUUGGCACUCUCUGCUAACCUGUACAUUAAGGAAUCCUUCCGUUCCCUCAAUAUAGUUGGGACUUGAUGUAAUGCUGAAGUGUUUAAGUAUGCCUCCAUUUAAACCCUUAAAUUCAGGUGUACUAAAAGAUUUGAUGGUUAAAACUGUGUUUUCAGUUUACAGUCAGGGAACUCCAUGUCUCUUCUUGCAAUGUGGACUUUACUUCACAAAAACAAUAAUUUUAUUGUUGCUCUUCUUCAGGGCAAAGAAUGAAUGUUGAGUCUGGAUUGUCCUUUUAUUUCCAGUCUGUCUUCUUUGGUGCCAGAUGGGAAAAAUCCUCCCUAUGUCCAGUCACAGCAAGGUCUCCAAGGGCAAAGGACUAUGGACUUCAGACAGUGAUAUAAACCAGAUUGACCUAUGGCAAGAAAAUCCAUGGCGCCUCUGUUUGAGAACCUGGUUAAGGAAGCACACACUAAUUUUGAUCCUUCUUUCUUACCACUCCUGAAGGUAAACUUCAUGGUGAGAGCAGUGACAACUACCUUCAGUCUCCAGCCUUGAGUGUUGUCAUUGCAAUUCAGUGGAGAUGUAACUCCAUAUUCACAUCGCACUAAUUGAGAGAUGUAGAGCGUCAGUAUAAAUCAUGCAGAGCACUAUCACCCUCCUGAAUGGAGUAUGAAGGUGCCUAUUUUGAGAUAAAGAGAAGAGCCUUCAUUCAUUGACCAUCUUUGCUCAGCUGACCUAGGCAGAAGGUCUUUAGUCCUACUUUCUUCCAAGUGAGAGUGGUAUCCCUUUCAAGGAGCCUCCAGCAUCUUUCAGAGGUCCUUGUGGUCUAAUGAGUUAGUCCUCCCCCUCCCUGGUAACAAUACCAACAGAUGGAUUCUAAUCCCUGGUAAGAAGCAUCUUAUUCAUGGUCGAAUUUUGUUUCCUUGUGGGUGGUCAUAAUUUGUCCUUGCACCUUUUCCCACCUCCUUUACUUCAAUGUGCAAAGAAGCUAUCAUAAAAGAGGUAGAUUAAUUUAAAAACUAGAAAUUUUUGUAAUAAAAUUUAUUUUUUAACUGCUUACCUCACUGCUAUGUAGUAACCCACCAACCUCCCUCCCCAUUCAUGUGAACUUUGAAAAAACUGAAUGGUAAACAAUAGAUGCAUGAAUCAAUCACUCAAAAGGGAUGGGUCGAUGAACUGUUCAAACCAAGCGAUCAUAUUCAUUUUUUAGUUUUAACACUAUCGUUCACCAGCCUGACAUGGGAAUUACAGCUUUUAUAAAGGGUGGUAAGUAUUUAAAAAAAUAGAUUUUAUUACAAAUUUUUUUUAUUUUAUGAAGCAAACCUAGCUUGAGAAAAUGGCCCUUAACUUUCUUGAUUAUUAAUUAUAUAGUUACUUAGUUGAAAUGCAUUACCACCUAAGAAAAUCUUAUUUCAAACUAUAAUAUUUCAUACAUUUGCAUUGUGAAUAUGUAUGAUUUUGGUACAUAUUGAUCUUCUGAAGCAAGAAGAUUCGAAUGAUGGAGCUCCCUUAUAGAAUCUGAGAUUAGAUGUAAUGAAUGAGAGGACAAAUGAGUAUUUUGAGCAUACAGCACUUUUAUACCAUGUAUGUUGAACAUCUGUCAUGAUCUUGGUAAUUUUUGACUUAGCUUAAUUUAUAUCCAACAUUAAUUAGUAGCUUGUAUAAAACUGCUUUGUGCUGCUCAUAUGAUAUAAUGCACUAAUUUUGUUUAAGAGUAAUGUAUGUGAUAUUUUAUUAAUUGUUUUUGAGUUUCUCAAGUUUUCUAAAUAGAGGUAGACCAUUGACUUUCUGGCAUCCUUAGUUCCUGAGCCACACCAGCUUUUCUUUUUCCACAUCAGUGAUGGUUCCUUCUUGGCAACACACACUAAAACAAAUAUUAAUUAUAAACUAAAUAAAUGAAACACAGGUAUAAAUGACACAAGUUUAUUGAUAUUUUACUGUACAGGUUCCUGUUUCAGUAUCAAUAUAAAAAAAAAAUCUCAACAGAUGCCUAGCACUGGGACCACCAGAUCAUUCAGUGCUGAAAAAAAGAAACCCACACCAGGAGCUUGGGAUCAGAGGGGUCGACCCUGUAUUAAAUAACGCACUCUACAAAGGCGUGCAUCCUUCAAAUAAUUACCUCUACUGGACUAGUUUUCCUGCAUCUGUCCAUGCCUGCGUAAUCGUUUGCUCAAUAUUAGUCCUAUAUUAUGAUUCAGCAAGACAUUCUCAAUUGCUAAUACUGUGCAGUACGUAUAUGCAUAUUUAUAGCAGUUCUUACCAAAUCCUUUUUCUGAAGAUUUACCAGAUAUAGGCAAAAUUAGCAAAUAAUGUAAAUAUUUGACAAUCACCGCCAGGAUUAACAAAGUAAACAAACAGAAUGAUUGCUGGAACACAGUGCCAUCUGUCAGCACCCAGAAAACUAGUAGUCUAGUGGUGGGUGGAAUUUUAAGGUUUUGAUGGGCAUUUUAAAGUUACAUUUGUAAUUUUGUCUGGUUUAAAAGAGAUUCUGGACCAGCAACUACCAGAAAAUCAAUGGUCUACCUGUACUGUAUUUAAAUAAUCUUAUUUUAGUUGGAUUAUUUUGGUUUGAUUAAUAAAGCAGACAACUGCAAAAUUAUUUAUCAAGCAUUUUAUGAAUUCUGAAUAUCACACAUCACAUCUCUUUAAGUUGAGGGGCAUGGUUUGGAUGUGAUUGUUAUAGAGUUAACUAAACUUUGUGUGCAAUAUAGCUCAUUUUGUUUUGAAAUACAAAAGCUGUCACAGUCCUGAUGAAACUCUUCUACCUGCAAUAGUCACAUAGUCACCUGAACAGUCAAAGCAUUGAGCUUCAGGUCAUUCAUUAGCCAGAUAACUACAUUUUGUAUUCAUAGGUAUGGGAAGGUUUUGUUGUGAUGCUUCCAAUCCCAAAUUCUGUUGUAGAUUUAAAAGAAAUUUGCAUUUUGGAUAAAACAGUCAUAAGAAAAGGCAAAAUUUGUUUUGAAUAAUUAAAUUUGCAUUUAAAAACUGACCUAAAACAGGUGUUCAUUUCCUCUACACUGGAGGUUUUGUAAGUUGAAAUUUUUUUUUUUGUAAGUUGAUAUUUUUUUUGUAUUCUGAAAGUUUACAGUGAUUAAUAAAUACUCUUAUUUUUAUAAUUUUAUGUAAACUCAAGAUGUUUCUUUUUCUGGAGCUUACAUGAAUAAAUAAAUGAUAAAUCUUAAUUAUGGGGGAGUGUUGGCUUAAUAUUCUGCUUAUGUAAUGGGAAUCUGACAUGGUGCCUGUGCUCUAAUGGCCCAUUCUCUUCUUUUAUAUAAUUACAGUAUAUAUAGUACAGCUUGUGUACAUUAGAAGUCUUUAAACGUAGCUGUGAUAUAGAUUGUUGUCUGUAUUGAUUGCAUUAGUGGUUCAUUUCACUUUAAUUCUUUAAAAUGCUCACAAUUUUAAACUACCCAUAAAGAAAUAUGGUCUUUAUUAGGGCAAUCUUAGAGCCACGCUGAGACAUCAGAACCUUUGUUAGUCUGUAAUUCACUUGUACUUGUUUUCAGAAGUAUUUCUUUAUAAUCUUCCCAUAUUUUUUUUACAUGUAUUUGGUUGGUAAUGAACAAAUUAAAGCUACUAGUCUGUCGUGGUUGAAAAUUUUUAUAUUUGCACUACAGCAUAUACAUUAUUAUAUGUUAGUUCAUGAUAAUUCUUUAUAAGUUAAAAGCCAUGUUCAGUAUUGUAGUUUACAACACUGAAUAUGUAAAUCAUAUUUUUCUGUAAAGUUGAUUGUAAUUUGUGCUUUUCGUAUAGGUAACACGUACUGUACAUAGAUAUAUAUAUUUGUGUUUAUAAUUUAUUCAGUUUAGUAAUACUAAAUGAUUAUUAUUAUUUCAUCUUAUCCUUUUGAUCUGAGUUGGGAUAAGAAGUAACCAAAUGAAAGGCAAACAACCCAGCCCAAACAAGAGAGAAAUGAGGUUCACACCCCAGGGGCUAUAAGUAGGGAGAUGCCUUUGCAUUCCACUCCUUUAGAAGCAUUCUGUUUAUUAUAGAGUGAUUCUUAGUGAAGUACAGACAAGCUUGUUACUAAUCCCAUAAAUAUAAUGGAUCAAAUCUCA